AUGGCAUCAAUUGUGUAUCGUUGCUACAGUGGUAUUCUUCUACUGGGGCUUCAUGUUAUCAAUUUUCACCUAUGCAGUAAUUUCUUCCGUCCGACCCUAUUACCGCUACUCUUCACAACAAAUGAGGUGAGACUGGUGCAUUCCAUUAAUUCAUACUUGAAAGAGUUCACUUUGGACCAACAAAUAUCCCUCAAUAAGAUUGAAAGUUUAAAGCCUCUCGGCUCGAAGAGCAAAGAAACGUCCAAAUCUCCGGAUCUUCAGUAUUAUUCGAAGAUCUCAAAUGUCUCCUUCGACUUGCUGAUGUCCUUCUCACUGCAGCUGAUUGAACUAUUCUUGAUUGAUAUAUUGGAUGUGACAGACUUUGAAUUUCGUCAUUUUGACUGGUAUGUUACGCUAUCUAUUUUGACCUUUUCUUUGACGUAUUUGAUACCAAGCUGCAUACUGUACACGUGGAUAUUUUCGAAUAACAGGAACAAGUACAUUACUCGAAACCAAUUACUUCAAAACAUCAUUGGCUUUAUCGGAGUUUUCAUAAUAUGGGGUUCGUUCAUAUGUAUGUUAUACUUUGUCACCGUUACGAAAGAAGUGAAUGGGAACUUUUCCCAAUUGUCGCUUUAUCUGUUGUCGUUAUUUGGGGUCUGUUGUCUAUCCAUAUUGAAUGGUAUGGGUUGCAUAAUGGGGUGUUCUGACUCACUGGACUGGUAUCUCGGCAAAGAAGAGCUUAAACUACAGAAAACAGAGCUUGAAUUGUCAUAUGAGUUGAGGAAUUUAGAUGCUCUGCUUGCAAAAUCCAAUGAAAGUAAAGUCAAUGAUAUGAUUCGGGAUCAGUUAUUCAAAAUUGAUUCCCUUGCAAGAGACGUCAGCCUAAUCAAGCAAAACUGUCAUGGUAUCCAACUUUGUACCAAAUUCAUGUUUUGGACCUACUGUAUUUACAAGGCAUUGAGUGGGAUUGUACUAGCAGUGACAAUGGUCUUUUUCACUUUGGGUGAUAUACAUCGAGCAAUCGACAAAUCUGAUGGUGUCACCACUGAUUCAGAAAAAUUCGGCAACGGUAGUGGAGACUUCUUAUCUAGUAUGAUUGCAAAAAUACUAUUAGUUUAUUUUUUAAAUGACAGGAAAACAAGAUCACUUUUAUCAUUUGAUGACAUUGUUGAAAAUAAUGAGGAGACUUUAGGACGAAUAACGAUGAUCGUCAAUUUCGUGAUUUCUCUCGUUUUCUUUAGCUUUUCCUUUCAAAAUGUUGUGCUAACCUUCAAGAAUUUCAAGACGCUUAGUAGGAAAUUAGUUGGAUUAUCGGAAUUUGAAGUUUUCAACAAACUACGGGACAAUUUUGUACGUUUAACACAAACACAGGAGACACUUAAAUUCAUGAAUAAAGACGGGAAUCUCUUAAAGUUCAACAUUUUCAAUGAAUUGACAUAUUUGUUAGUUUGCGAGAUUACUGGUAUAUAUGUUGUCUCCACAGCUUUAUUGUUGAACUCCGCCAAUAUGCCGAUUCAUUUAUCACAGUUGUCGAUAAAUCAGAAUGAAUGGGACGCUAGGAAAUCUGCUACUAUUGUUUCCGAUAUAAAUGCUAAGUUCAUGAACGAUUGGUUUGAUAGAUGGUUUGCUGUUGGGUGUAUUGGUACGGUACUUGUUAUUGUUAUCCUCGAUCAAGUACAAUCAGUAUACCUGAACCCUCAACUAAAAUACGAUGAGGAGGCAUUGGCUUAG